AUGCUGCGAACGGUCGAUGAGUGUCAAGUCGCAUUUUCGCCCAGUCGAACCGGUGCUUUCAAUCGAUACGCGUCUCGGAAAGAUUCCACGUCGGUCGAGGCCACAUGUCUACGACAAUGCUGCACUGUUGCCUCCACACCGCCGUGGCCAUGGGCCCUGACGCUAGACUCUGGCAGCUUCACACGAGCGGCCGGAACGGUGCAAGAUGCGCUCCAAGCGCCGCGAUCUGUGAGACGGGAGGGACUCCCCCAGAACUGUCAUGAGCAUUAA